CAAAUAAAGUUUUUUCAAUUCAAACAAAAUGGCAGCGCCCUGUGGUCCACCCGUGUUGUUGGGCUGAAGAUGUGAGCGGAGCUACAACCAGUUUGUUUCAAACGGAAAAGUGUUUUUGCUUCAUUAACCAUCAGGGGAGCUAUGGCUGCUGCAGGAAAGCCAGUUAAAAAGGAAAACAAAAAGUAUGUUCCAGUCAAGACUUCCUUCACUUCACCGUUCUCUCCUAAAUGGGAGCCACUUCCUCAAGACGACAUGCAUUUCAUCCUGAACACCCUGAAGGACAAGCUGGUCUCCACAGGUCUGGAGAAGAAAGAGGUGAAAGUGUUUCGCCCGUGGAGGAAGAAGAAGAAGGACCAGAAACCUGCUGCCGCGGCAGAAGUCGUCCCUCAGGUGAGCCAGGACGGACAGGUGAAGGACUCGGCCAAAAACGGCUGGACGGAUGUGGCGGCGAGGAGGCAGCUGGCCAUCGGCAUCAACGAGGUCACCAAAGCUCUGGAGAGGAACCAGCUGAGACUGCUGCUCGUGUGCAAGUCCGCCAAGCCCAGACACAUGACGGAUCACCUGAUUGCUCUGAGCGCCACCAGAGCCGUGCCGGCCUGCCAGGUGCCCCGGUUGAGCCAGAGCCUUUCGGAGCCGCUGGGGCUGAAAAGCGUCCUCGCUCUGGGGUUCAGACACUGCUCCUCCAAAGAUGACGAGGUGUUCACCGACACUGUGGACGCCAUUAAACCCAGAGUGCCUUCACUGGAUGUUUCCUGGCUGCACGGGACAGCACAGUGCAGCUCGUUAACCCCUGAAGAACCUGUCGACAUGGAAACGGAGGAGGAAGCCUGCCAGAAGAAGGGCCAGAAAAGAAAACUUGAGAGUGAAUCUGAGGAGGUCGCAGAGUCGACCUCUUCCUGCACUCUGCAGCCUCUCAAAGUGAAAAAAAUAGUUGCUAACCCUGCAAAGAAAAAGAAAAAGGCCAAGUCAUAGACAGUCAAAAGAAUCAGACUCUCUGCAGAUAGAAAAGAUAAUAAAAGGACCAUUCCUAUGUUUUUGCAUGUUUUAGCCCUCUGGUUUCAAAUGUUGUUGCUUUUUGCUUUUGACGACUUUAUUAAAUGAGGCAGAGUCUCCUCAUGGUGGAUCAGAGUCAUUUCCCCCUCUCAGAUUGUAUCAUUGUAAGGAUCUUUACAGGCCUUGAAAUGUUGAAAAUAUCUAGUAAUUCACCUCCUGACCUUAAAGUUUAGAUCUACUGUUUCUUGGCAUAUCAGUUUUUUAGUUAUUGAAUGCAUUUUCCCACAUAUUGGGCUGCCAUGUGUUUAUUAUUUUUGCGAGGAGUUGAAUCCUGCUUGAGCGGGUUACAAAAUUAAUUACAGUGAAUGAAACUUUUCAGCUUCAGGUUUCAGCUCCUAUGAUGCAAAGAUAUGCAGCUUUAAUUUUGAAAAUGUAUUGAAUAUCUUUGGGGUUUUGGACUGUUGUGAAGACCUCACUGUGGUUUUAUUUCAGAAAUUCUUCCAUUUAAAAGUUGAAAAUGAAAGACAGAGCAGAUUAAUACAUAAUGAAUAUAAUUAUCUGCUGCAGCAUUUAUUGGAAUGAGCGAUCUUUGUAAAUAAAUUAUGCUUCUGUUCUCAUACUGAAAGUAAAUAAAUUGAAACCAGGAGCUGAAUGAGCAUAUGAAAAACUCUUAAUAUGUAUAUAUGUAUGUGGUAUGGACCAUGACUUAAAAUAACUUUGUUAAAGGGGUCGUUUGGAUUUAUUGAAGUGGGUUAGAGGUCGGUCGAUCAAUGACAGUUUGGAGUAGCGGCAAUGUGUCCAGAGGCAGCAGCAAAACAUAUUCUAGCCUCCUGAAAACAUCAGUUUAAGUGUUAAUUACCUAGAGCAGGAGUCAGCAACCUUUACUAACAAAAGCCAAAAUAUUAUAAAAAAUGUCAAAAUGGAACCACAAAUCUUAUUUUGGGCCCUACAAUGAAGAUAAAACAGCCUAACUAAGUCUAAAUUAACCCUUUGAUGCACAACAUGGGUCUUAAGUGACCCGACAGAGUUUUUAUGUUUUUUUAAUCAUCAUACAUCCUAAUUUUAUGUUUUCCUUUAUUAUUUUUUUAAUAAAAUCCCUUUUUGUGUCACUACUCUUCUAAUGCACAACAUGGGUCAAAAAUGACCCAUAUCCAUUUUUUAGCUCAGUAGCUUGCUAAGCUAAGUACUUAGCUAACUUCUUGGCUAAGUAUUUAGCUAAGUAGCGUGCUAAGCUAACGACUUAGCUAACUUCUUGGCUAUGUAGUUAGCUUAGCAAGCUACUUAGCCAAGUAGUUAGCUAUGUAAUGCAAAAACUUUUUUUCUUCAUAAAGUAUGAGAGGCAAAAUGGAAAUAAUAUGUUAUCAAAAACAAGAUAUUUAAAGAAUACUUGGAAUAUUCAAUCAUAAAACAAGUUGAUAUCAAAAGAUAGAGCACAGAAACACACAGCAGCAUUAAAUAACAUGGAGAAUGAAUGAGGGUCAUUUUUGACCCAUGUUGUGCUUUAGAAGAGGUGUCUAUAUGUUGUGCAUCAAAGGGUUAACCUACCAUUAUUACUAAUAGGUCAUAAUGAGCAUUUAUUAAUAUGAUUUUGUCAGAAUGCAGCGAGGAGCCAAUUUCAAAUGAGAGGCUGGACACCAAUGAAAUAUCUCAGGAGAUUUGGAAUCGAAAAGGGAAACACAAAAUAAGACUGAAGGUUGGCUAAAUGUAUUGGUUAAGGUGCUGGGCGGGCCGCAGACUUUCAGAAGCUAUGAUGCACAUUUUAGUUGUUGAAACAUGUUUUAAUGCUGUAUAUAAGCUACACAUUUUUACAGUUGAAGAAUACAAAUUGCUUUGGGCCUACACCAAUGAUGAAUUAAAGUAUAAGGAAAUAGGCGUGUCAUUUCGUAUCAUUUUUUUGUCACGGCCACAAGGUAA